GACGUGGAUCCCAGUUCUCCCGCUGCUCUGGCAGAGCUUCAGCCGCACAACGACUACAUCGUCGGAGCGGAUCAAGUGCUGCAGGAUUCGGAGGAUUUCUUCUCGCUGAUCGAAGCUCACGAGGGGAAGCCGCUGAAGCUGCUGGUGUACAACACGCAGACAGACGCCUGCAGGGAGGUGGUGGUGACGCCGAACGGAGCGUGGGGCGGAGAGGGCAGUUUGGGUUGCGGCAUUGGUUACGGCUACUUGCACCGAAUCCCGGCACAUCCUGAAGUAUCGGCGGCGAAGCCUCCCACGCCGGUUCCCGUGGAGGAACCCUCUCCUGCGCAGCCUGCACACGGAUACACCGAGGCACCUCUGAUGGCGCCUUCGACUCCCAGCGACGACGCGUUAGACCUGGAGCACAUCGCGCUGCAGGACGCUCCUCUACCGCCACCCGUCCAGAGGGUCAUGGACCCCGGUUUCACCGACUCUGAAGUGGCGGCGAUGAACCCCGAUCCUGUAGAUUUGGCGGACAGGCUGGAUCAGUCCAUGUCGUCCAUCGACAUGACGAACACUUCGCUGACUAUGCACGAGGAGAAGGACGGAGAAAUCUCCGGAGUCGGUAAGUUAGGACCGCUGACACUAAUGAACCAAACUUUGGUUUAUUUGCACAAAUUCAUGGAUGUUAGAAACGAGGUGGAAAAGGAAAAAAGGAG